AUGCAUUAUACGACUUUCCAGUCCCUUUCUACCCUAAACAAGUAUGUGAGUUCUACUAAACAUGUUGUGUUGAUUCAAUUGCUUGAACAAUCUCUGGAACCAUUGGAGAUUGUCAAUAUAGGGUCACUAUUGAUGUGGAAACCCUUCAAAUGGCUCUUCACUAUAGAAAACUGCAAGACUGUUCACGAAAAAUUAGGGUUGAUCUUGUCUCGUGAAGAAGACUAUGUUGAAAUUCAUGGGAUCAUCAUUCCUAUUCUUGCUCUUUCCUCAAAAAUUAUCAAUGCUGCUCCAUCUAAGGAUGAUUUUCCUAUUACUGCAAGGAUGCAAAAGUGGACUGAAAAUCCCUAUGUGCUAGUAAUAAAGAAAGGGAUGAUAAGGGAGGACACUGAUAAAGAUGAAAAUGACUCAGCAGCUGACAUGGGAGAUGACCUUGCUCAGAAAAUGAACUCUCGUCCAAGGUUAAACAAGCACAUACGUUUUUCAACUACUUCAUCCUCUUCCUCUGCUGAUGACACUAAACAUCGUGGAUCAACCCCUCCUGUUGGAGAUAUUACUGAGCCAUUAAUCUAG